CAAACCACGUGCCUUUCCAGCCAUGUCGUUCCCCCCGCUCCGGGAAUUCUGCUGUGACUCACCUUUCUGUCAUUCCCACACCCAUCUGCGGUCUACUGUGGUUUACAAACCACCCCCGGGUGUGUUCGACAAUACACGACUCCCCCGCGGCAGUCCUGGAGCCGCCUCUGCUGGUAUUUCCCACAUAACACCCGCUGGCUUUGCUCCAACACGAACCGUCUUUCUGUAGAACAAAAGGGCCUGUUCAGACCGUGCAGCCUCACAGCACGGCACGGUAGCAGUCGUCGGGCUCAGCUCAGACCUCAGCUCUGGCUGGAACAGCUCGCUGACAGGACCAACGACUGAGCUGUGAAGGACACACGGUGGAGGCCGACAGCUGACUCGGGGAAGGUUUCGAUAUGACGAAGGCUCGCGGCAACUGCAAUCCAUUGAUGAACAUGAUGAUCAUCUUGGCUCUGGUAGCCUCUACGCAGGCCCUGCCAAGCUCAUACCGCACCGGCGAUGUGACCUCCCCUCUCGCCGGAAGUGGACUCGUCCCUUCCAGCCUUGACCUCGCCCAGACCGUCGACUCGUUGCCGAACGCAGAUGGCGCCACCAGUCAAGUCGGCCCGGGCAGCAGCUGUGGCCUGAGGGGACGGUGUGGAGACACCUGCUGCACUAUCCUGACCUCUGACCUCAAAGGGGUGCGGUGUCUACCGACGCAGGUGUUCGUUGUUAGCGCCGGUGGAUGUGUGGACUGUGUGAUCAAUCCACAUCCGCUGUGCCCGCGGCUGUCCGCCAGCGGGCCGUUCCCGGGUCUGUUCGGGAGCAAUGGGCGUCGUUAGGCUUGUCAGUUGCCGGGUCGGGUCAACGAGUGAUAGAGCCUUGUAAGCACAUUGGUAACGACAAAAAACCACCCGAUUCGGAUAUUUUACUAAUUUUAGAGCCUUAGUUUUCAGUCAUUGAGUAUUUUCUUUUUUAUAUCAAUACAUUAAACCUACGUUGCACCAGUAUACGUUGCAUAGGUACUGGUCAGUGUAUUUUGUGGCAAACGCAAUAUUAUGAAACUGCAAUAUUCUGGUCAUCAUGGAAAAUACAUUUUUUUUCGAAUC